CGCAGGAUAUUACCUGGAAUCGCCGGUGGCAAAGUUUCAUAGAUUGUUUUAGGUUUUCCUUCCCUUCAUCGUCAUCAUCAUCAUCAUCAUCAUCGUCUUCAAUACAAGGCAUUAUCGUUUUCGUGUAACAUUGCUCGUUGGACAAUAACACUGUUCCUUAUUUCCCACGAGAUUAGUUGUUUUAAGGUUAGGUGGCUCACUCCUUUGGUUUUCUUCGCUUGUGGACGUGGAUGCUUCCUUCAACCGCAAUUUUCUACUCUUUCGGUGCCUAUACGUUCAAUUUCCAUUUCUAUGUGAAAUUUUAGGAUCAUUUAUUGCUUUGUCACCUACUCCUUAUAGUCUAUGCUCUCUUCCUUUACCCGAUCCUAAUUAUCGAACUUCCAUUUUCCUAUAAUUACUACUCAAUACUGUUCUCUACGACUUUCUCUUUUGCAACAUAAUUAUAAUUCAAUUAGAAUUAGAAUUUUGGAUUUGAUCCAAUCAUUUCUUCCAACUUCUAUAAUCAGUAGCAGCAAUUAGUAACCGUGCCAUCGUUGAACUUGAAAUUCACGUGUUGUAUAUAUCCUUUGGGAUUCCAACUUACAUUUCCUGGAUUCUAGAAUUCGGCAGAAGGAGUGUCCAGUUGGUGAUUGACUUCACUCUGAAACUCACCCGUAAUUGUGCACAAGCUUGUCUUGUAGUAAUUAUUGGUUUAUGUGUAUGGUUUUGGAGCGACUAUGCCUCUGGGAAUGGAUUUUUCUCCGCCAUUUACGAUGUUAGAAGAGAAAGACAGCGCAUUUGUGGUGGAAGAUGAGAAAUCAGAAGAUUUGAAUGAUCUAAAACCAGUGAGAAAGGGAAAGCCUCCGCGGCACGUUUCGAGUUUGAGACACAGUAUUAGCACCACCGGGUUGAUGCUGGCUGAAGCAGAGUUGAGUUUGGAUUUGGGGGUUGCUGGGAGCAAGUCGUCGUCUGAAGAAAAGACAGAGCUUCUACCCAUGUUUCGGUCAGGAAGUUGUGCUGAAAGAGGACCUAAACAAUAUAUGGAAGACGAACACAUAUGUAUAGAUAAUCUUAUUCAGCAUAUAGGUCCUGCUUCAAAUAUUCCUUUGCCUGGAGCUUUUUACGGGGUGUUUGAUGGCCAUGGAGGUACAGACGCAGCUUUGUUUAUAAGAAAUAACAUCCUUAGAUUCAUAGUGGAGGACUCCCAGUUUCCAACUUGCAUAAGGAAGGCAAUUACAAGUGCGUUUCUGAAAGCUGAUUAUGCAUUUGCAGAUUCUAGUUCGCUUGAUAUCUCCUCUGGAACCACUGCUUUAACUGCUAUUGUAUUUGGAAGGAGCAUGAUAGUUGCCAAUGCUGGUGAUUGUCGAGCUGUACUUGGGAGGCGAGGUAGAGCAAUUGAGAUGUCAAAAGACCAAAAACCGAAUUGCGAUUCGGAAAAGCUAAGGAUAGAGAAACUUGGGGGAGUGGUGUAUGAUGGAUACUUGAAUGGGCAGUUAUCUGUUUCCCGUGCCUUGGGAGACUGGCACAUGAAGGGUCCAAAGGGUUCUGCCUGCCCUUUGAGUGCAGAACCAGAGCUGCAGGAAAUCAACCUCACUGAGGAUGAUGAGUUCUUGAUUAUGGGCUGCGAUGGCCUGUGGGAUGUCAUGAGUAACCAAUGUGCUGUGACCAUGGCAAGAAAAGAAUUGAUGAUACAUAAUGAUCCUCAAAGGUGUUCAAGAGAGCUUGUUAGAGAGGCUCUUAAGCGUAAUUCGUGUGAUAAUUUAACAGUUAUAGUGGUGUGUUUCUCCUCAGAUCCUCCUCCUAGGAUAGAGAUGCCUUCUUCUCGAGUCAGGAGGAGUAUAUCAGCAGAAGGCCUCAAUUUACUUAAGGGUGUAUUGGACUGUUAGUGUUAGCUGGUGAUGAUUGUUCAGGUUUAGAAUGGAUGGAUAUUGUUGUGUGUAUAAAAUAUGUUUCUUCGCCCUUCCGUGCCUCCCCCAUUUCUUUCAAGCUUAUUUUAUUUGUUCACUUUUCUAACGUUCCCCUAGAACUUUGUUGUACAUGGUAGAUCAUUAGUUUCUUCUUCUAGUUAAAUAGAUUGUAUACAACAUUCACGAUUCCUUUCCUCUCAAGAAUGGUAUAAUACAACGGAGAAAAGCGUUAUGG